UGUUUUGUUUCGCUAUAGACUCCGCAGCAAUCAGCAAGGAAGGCAUAGCACAACAUCAGAGGACUCAAGUAACUUCUUAUUAUUACAAAAAGCUGGGCUUUGAUCUGCCAAAAAUUUAUAUGAACUACGUUGAAAUAUAUUUUCAAUUCAUACAGGGAUCUUUUGCCUCGUUUACAAAACGGUUUGACCUGCGUGAAAUAUGCCUUCAGAGAAGACAUUCAAACAAAGGAGGACAUUUGAGCAGAGAGUAGAUGAUGUGAGACUGAUUCGAGAGCAGCACCCCAACAAGAUCCCGGUCAUCAUCGAGAGAUACAAGGGAGAAAAACAGCUGCCCAUCCUGGAUAAAACCAAGUUCCUGGUUCCUGACCAUGUCAACAUGAGUGAACUGAUCAAAAUCAUCAGGAGGCGCCUCCAGCUGAACUCCAACCAGGCCUUCUUCCUGCUGGUGAACGGCCACAGCAUGGUCUCCGUGUCGGCAGCCAUCGCUGAGGUGUACGAUCGCGAGAAGGACGACGAUGGCUUCCUCUACAUGGUGUACGCCUCGCAGGAGACCUUCGGAACCGUGGCCCCCCAGUAACAGUACCAGUGCUCGGACAAUGAUACCACCCCCUCCCUCCCUGAUCCUUCGUUCCUAAAUACAGAUCGAUCCCCCCUGCCUUCCCUCGAACCCUUGCUUACAACCUUAGCCAAGACAAUAGGAACCAGACAGACCUCUUCUCCCAUGCCCUUACGGGCCCCUUAUAGAUAUUAAAAGCUAUGUCCUGCACCUUCUCAUACUCUGCCCCCUACCCAUUACUCAAAACCCCUCCCCGUACAUCCAUUACUCAAAACCCCUCCCCGUACAUCCAUUACUCAAAACCCCUCCCCGUACAUCCAUUACUCAAAACCUCUCCCCGUACAUCCAUUACUCAAAAUCUCUCCCCGUACAUCCAUUACUCAAAAUCUCUCCCCGUACAUCCAUUACUCAAAACCUCUCCCCGUACAUCCAUUACUCAAAACCUCUCCCCGUACAUCCAUUACUCAAAACCUCUCCCCGUACAUCCAUUACUCAAAACCCCUCCCCGUACAUCCAUUACUCAAAACCACUCCCCGUACAUCCAUUACUCAGAACCUCUCCCCGUACAUCCAGCCAUGUGUUUAAGAAAAGAGAUUCAAUAGUUAUGUUUGGUGUAUAGAAUGGAUGAGUAUAGCAGAGAUGAUUGCCAGCUCAGGUUGAGUUCGCUCCCACAAGACUCAAACAAUUUACAUUUUAGUAAUUUGGCAGAUGCUCUUAUCCAGAGCGACUUACAGUUAGUGAGUGCAUACAUUUUCAUA